AUGGGUGUAAUACGCAAGAAGACCGCCUCGCGCGGCACCGAGGCAGGCACAAAGUUCCACUGCGAUGUGUGCUCCGUCGACGUGACUUCAACUGUCCGCAUCUCCUGUGCACACCCCUCCUGCCCUGAAUACGACCUCUGUGUCCCCUGCUUCGCCGCCGGGGAGCUAUCAAAGAACCACGACCCAGCCACCCAUCCCUUCCAAGUUAUCGAGCAAAACUCCGUCCCGAUCUUCCAGGAAGAAUGGGGUGCUGAUGAGGAGCUGUUGCUGCUCGAGGGCGCCGAAAUCUACGGCCUGGGCUCAUGGGCCGACAUCGCCGACCACAUCGGUGGUUACCGCUCCAAGGAUGAGGUGCGCGAUCACUACAUCGAGACAUUCGUAUAUGGAAGUCACUUCCCUCUUCCUGACCGCGCCGACCCAGAGGAUAGCAGCCUUCAGAAAUCCAUCUCCAAGGAAGAGUUUCAAACGCGCAAGAAGCGCCGGAUCGAGGAGCGCAAGGAUGCUGCCAAGGCUGCUCCCCCUACAACCCCCCAAGCAAAAACCAACUGCCAGUCCGUUCAGCACAUGGCGUUUGAACCUGGGGCGGGCAUCGGUCCCAAUGGCGAGAUAGAUGCGGAAACAGAGCUGAAGAUGACCGUGGUAGAUAUCUACAACUCGCGCCUCACUGCGCGAACAGAACGCAAGAAGAUUCUCUUCGAACACAAUCUCCUAGAAUAUCGGAAAAACACCGCGCACGAGAAGAAGCGUUCGAAAGAAGAACGCGAAUUGCUGAACAAGGCCAAACCCCUCGCUCGGAUGAUGAACCGGAAAGACUUCGACGAUCUGAAUAAGGGAUUAGAAUACGAGCAUAACUUGCGCCUCGCCAUCUCACAACUCCAGGAGUGGCGACAGAUGGGUAUCGGUGACCUGAAAGCAGGCGAGAAAUACGAGCAGGAUAAGCAAAACCGGGUACAGAGGAUGCUACCGCAAGGCUCCUUUGACCGCUUCGCCAGUGCCCGUCCUAAGCAAACACAACCGCCCGAGACGUCGACUGGAGCCAUUCAACUGACGACACCUGAACUUCCGCUGCGGUUCCAGAAGCCUAGCAAACCAUCCGAACCGGAGCCCGAGAAUGACUUUGACCGGAUGUUCGCCAUUGAUGGCGAUUCCGCACCUUCGCAGCCAACCAAGACCAAAUAUGUCGUCCAGCCGCUGAGUGGAGUGUCGGCAUGGAAAUUGGACAAUGAAGGUGCUGCCGAUCUUCACCUUUUGACAACUGAGGAGGUAGACGUAUGCAAUGCACUCCAUCUUAUGCCGAAGCCCUAUCUUGUCGUCAAAGAGACACUGUUGAAGGAAGCAAUGAAACAAGGCGGUACUUUGAAGAAGAAGGAUGCACGAACGAUCUGCAAGAUCGAGGGCACCAAAACCAGCCGCAUUUACGAUUUUAUGGUGCACAGCGGAUGGAUCAAUAAGGGAUAG